AUGCUGUACGAUGUGAUGCCACAACUCUAUGAGCAGUUGGCAGCACUGGAAGGUGACGAGUUCCGGCAGUUGGCAGCCAAGUGCUACCAAUGGGGGCGGCAGCCCGCGACUUUCCUCGUGAUGGAGGACCUGUCAAUGGCUGGCUUCAGGCUGGCUCAGGCUGGCCAACCGCUAGACCUCAAACACUGUGCAGUCGCGCUACAGGCAUACGCUCGGCUGCACGCCGCUUCAGUCUAUCUGCUCAGCAAACAGCCCCACUACAAGGACAACUUUUGUAUGCACAUAUUCACAGAGAAAAACUUUCGGCAGCUAAUGGCAUCUGCAUGCACACAGUUCUCCGAAGCACUAGCGAAUGAGUUAGACAAAUGUCCUGGCUAUGAAGAAUAUUCAGAAAGAUACAGGACAUUGGCUGAAUGCUUUCACGAUGUUUCAUAUGAAAGGAUGGAACAGAUCAAGACGCAAACAAAGCUUCCGGUAUUGACUCAUGGUGAUUGCUGGAAGAACAACAUGAUGUUUAAAUAUAUGAAUGGAGAAGUUUCAGAAGUCCGGCUAGUUGAUUUUCAGUGUUCAUCAGUAACCAGCCCGGCCUCGGAUCUCCUGUACUUCCUGUACGGGAACGCCAGCGAAGACGUCCAUCGGCACCACGUGGAGGACCUGCUGCGCGAGUACCACAACACGCUGGUGGGCCUGCUGCGGCGUCUGGGCAUGGAACACCAGGCAGAGGCCUACACCUUCGAGGAGCUCAAGAAGGACAUGGACUACUGCUUAGUCAUCGGUGUUUACUUCAGUAUCAUGAGCGGAUUUGGCCUCACCUCCGAGGAACACGGCGCAGAGUAUGCAAAAGCGGUCAAUGAUCCAGAGAAGUUCGUCCGACAAAAGAGCUUUGAGUGCUUACUUAAAGCGUUUGACAUCCGAAUAGUUCCCCGACAUAUAGAGAUAUAUCUGUUCCUUGUAAUAGGUCAAAAUGGAUAUCAAGAACAUAAUGGAUGCAGCUGA